UUUUUCACAAAAUUAAACUAGCUCUGAUACAAUGCAGCAUGUUCUUAAAUUGCCACGUACAAUUUUUAUGGUAUCUGGAUGUUUUCGACCACAGUCAUGGACAUCUUUAUUUAAACGAACAAUUUAUAAUAUCUACAAAUUAUACAUAAUUACCAUGUUAUACACGUUUACAAUAUUGCAAAUUAUGGACAUUGUUCUGUAUGUCGAUAAUACCGAUGACUUUACAAGUAAUUUGAAUGUAAUGAUAAAUGCAUUAGUUGCAUGCUAUAAAAUGUUUGUUAUGUCUGUAAAUUAUGAGAACAUUAUAGCGUUAAUUAAAUGCCUAACCGAAGAGCCAUUUAAACCAUUAGAUUCGGAAGAGAUAAAAAUUCGACGACAAUUUGACAGAAUAAUACGGAACAACACGUUACUGUAUACCGUUUCGGUAGUGAUAUCCGUCACAUUCGUCAUUUUAUCUUCACUAUUUACUGACUUUAGAUACAAAAAGUUAAAAUUUAGAGAAUGGAUACCAUACGAUUAUUCAUCUACUACAAUGUAUUGUUUUACCUACUUUCAACAAAUGUUAGGUGCAUGUCAUAGUGUUGUUGUAACCAUUGCAACAGAUAAUCUUAUGUGUGGAUUCUUAAUGCACAUAUGUUGUCAAAUUGAGAUCUUGGAAUAUCGCCUGAAAAAAAUUUUGAACAAUCGACUUACUCUGGGUUACUGCAUACGCCAUCAUAAUCAAAUUUUUGAGUUUGCACAGAUAAUAAAUUUAAAAUUUACAAAAAUAAUUGGAUUUCAGUUUUUGGCAAGUACAAUGGUAAUGUGCUGCAAUUUGUAUCAAGUGACUAAAUCAAGUUUGAACGCAAAUAAUUUGUGGCUAAUCAUGUUCACAAACUGCAUAUUAACGCAGAUAUUUAUUUAUUGCUGGUUUGGGAAUAAAGUAAAAUUAAAGAGUCUCCAAUUGAUAGACAGCAUUUUUCAAAUGAAUUGGCCAAUUCUGGACAAUAGUGUUAAGAAGAGCUUAGUGAUAAUUAUGAAACGUGCAAUGAUACCAAUUGAAAUAUCUACUAUAUUUAUCCUCACAUUAAAUUUGGAUUCCUUUGUAGCGGUUAAUAUAAAAACAUUUUUAAAUAAAAAAGCAUUUAUAAUAAAAUUUUAUAAUAAAUAAAUACCUAAUAAACUUUAUUAUUUCUGACAUUCCAAAAAUAU